GACCUCUCCACACAAGCACACAGCGGACAAGCAUCAUUGGCUCUGGCUUUCCGAAAACACGUUUUUAUUCGCUCACCCGUGCCUCCCUAACAUACCUUCCCAGAAAAAAAAAUCUGCUAUCCGCCCGCAAACAAAAUCGCAAUCGUGCCCUGCCGAUUGAAGCCCCUCUUAUUAAAAACUUGCGCUGUUGCUCCUGCUCAAGUUGGCUUCACUCUGGUCCAGACGCCUCUGCAAAUCGCCUCUGUCUCCGUCUCUCUUUACGCCUCCACAUUUCCCGAGACGACCGAGAUAUCUCGGCUACUUUCACAAAAUGGCUGACGAAAUCACCCAUGCAACCAUCAAAGAUGGCUGGUUCCGCGAGAUCUCGGACAUGUGGCCGGGCCAGGCCAUGACCCUCAAGGUCAAGAAGGUGCUGCACCACGAGAAGAGCAAGUAUCAGGAUGUCCUGAUCUUUGAGUCGACCGACUACGGCCACGUCCUGGUCCUGGACAAUGUCAUCCAGUGCACCGAGCGUGACGAGUUCUCGUACCAGGAGAUGAUCACCCACCUAGCCAUGAAUUCGCACCCCAACCCCAAGAAGGUCUUGGUCAUUGGCGGCGGCGACGGCGGUGUCCUGCGCGAGGUGGUCAAGCACGAGUGCAUCGAGGAGGCCACCCUCUGCGACAUUGACGAGGCUGUCAUCCGCCUGUCCAAGCAGUACCUCCCCAGCAUGUCGGCCGGCUUCAACCAUCCCAAGGUUAAGGUUCAUGUUGGCGAUGGCUUCAAGUUCCUGGACGAGUACAAGAACGCGUUUGACGUCAUCAUCACCGACUCGUCCGACCCCGAGGGACCCGCCGAGUCGCUCUUCCAGAAGCCCUACUUCCAGCUACUAUUCAACGCCCUCCGCGAAGGCGGUGUCAUUACCACCCAAGGUUCCGAGAACCAAUGGCUUCACCUGCCCCUGAUCACCAAGCUUAAGAAGGACUGCAAGGAGAUCUUCCCGGUCGUUGAGUACGCCUACACCACCAUCCCGACGUACCCGUCUGGACAGAUUGGCUUCAUGGUGUGCUGCAAGGACGCCAACGUCAACGUCAAGGCUCCCCUGCGGUCGUGGACCCCUGAGGAGGAGGCCAAGCUGUGCAGGUACUACAGCUCGGAGAUCCACAAGGCCAGCUUCGUCCUGCCCACGUUUGCCGCCCAUGCCCUGAAGUAGAGAGCUCUGCCCUGUUUUGGAGUAAACAGAAGCAGGCUGAGACGGGGGGACAUCUGAAGAGGUAUAAUGGAAAAAUCGGUGCUAAGGGUAGAUUUACUGAAUCUUCAGGCGUGAGACUGCACAAAAAAAUUGGUAGAUUUUGGCCAUUUAAGACUGAAAACAAUGACGAUAGAGAGAGGCCAUGG